GCUUCUCUUCACUUCCUUUACAGCUAAGGUCAACUCUUGUGGUGUGUUGUGUGUAUAUGUUUGUAUGUAACUGCUAGAGACAGUGAGACAGAAUGGAGGAUCUGGCAGAGUAUCAUGGGCCCAUCAGCAAGAGGCAAGCAGAAGAGAUCCUGAAUGAAGCAGGCAGAGAUGGCAGCUACCUGAUUAGAGACAGCAUGAGCGCUGCGGGAUCUUACUGCGUGUGUGUGCUGUGUGAUGGAUGGGUUUACACCUACAGAGUUUUCAGACAAAAGGACGGCCUCUGGACAAUAGAGGUGGCUCCUGGGAUGAAGGAAAGGCUCUUUAGGAAAGUCGAGAACCUCAUUGCUGCCUUCAAGAUCCCAGACCAAGGCAUCUCUGUUCCACUUAUGUAUCCUGUAAACAAACCUAAAUAAUAUCACACAAGUCAAAGCAAAGACCUUAAAACAGUUUCUCCGUGCUGUAAAUUUAAACGGGAUUGUCUUCUCUGGGGUCUCUUAACCCAAAUGUAAAUGGUAAGAAAUGUUGUAAAAAUCCUGUAAAUUGUAAAAAUGUUGAAAAGUAUAUUUAAGUGUAUUAGAUUCUUGUUUUUUAAAGAAAUAUACUUUUAUAAUCAAAUCAAUUUCAAACACAGAAGUAGCUGGAAAUAAUCCACAAGAUAUCGAAACAUCAAAUUCUUUGCUAGAAUAUAUUAAAUAAUUGGCCUUCCCAUUACAUUAUACAUUACUCUGCUGUACACUUUCAGUCUGUCAACAAAACCCUGUUUUCUUGUGUAAGCCAUACAUUCAGUUAUCCUCACCUCAGAUAUUAUCAGCAAUACAGAUAACCAGUUACAGAUCACUACAAAAACUAAACCCAUGAGAGAAAUAGGCCUUGAACAGAAGGUCAGAUCCUUUCUGAGCUUAAUAGGCAUCUUGUGUUAAUGAGGGUUUAGUAAAUGUUUCAGUGUAAAACUUGUUUUAGACGAUUCUACUUCUGGAACAGGAAACAACUGUUUUGUGGUCACCUUUUGCUAAUUAAUCUUCAUUCAGUGACACAAUUCCUGCAAUAAUGUAAUCCAAUUAAUGUUAGAAACAAAAUUGUCUUAUGUGUAAUUAUAUUUCGAGCCUUUUUGAUGUUAAAAAUAAA